GGAUGGUUGCGCAGUGACGUCACUCACAAAGCUUUAAGAAACUUGCCUUACAUCACUGGAAGGACAAGUGGCCUCAAAUUCAAUUUGGUCUGCAGCCCAUGGAGACGUUAGGAGCCGGACUACGCAAAUAAAAACGCAAAUGCUUCUUCCAUCGCGCGUUCGCGUUUGAAACGCCAUCUUUUCACGCGUAGGGAGGCAUGAAGCGCAAGAGCGAGCGACGGAACGAGUCGAGGAAAAGACUCCGCGCGUCUCUGAGGGAGCAGACGGAUUCCAAGCGCGAUAUUUACCUUCCUAUCACAGAUCAGCUGUAUUUUGCUCUUCUUCAUCAGAAGGUGAAGAGCAGUCCUGACAGACACUGUUUCUGCAUCGAUGAAGAGCUUUCCUAUGAGAACUUCUAUGCAGACUUUGGCCCGCUCAACCUGGCCAUGUUUUAUCGCUUCUAUUGCAAACUUAACAAGAAGCUAAAGUCUUGUGCUCUUGCAAAGAAGACAAUUGUGUUUUAUACCUGUGGUGACCGAAAGAAACAAGCCAAUGCUGCGUAUUUGAUCGGCUCUUAUGCUGUAAUGCAUCUACAGAAAACACCAGAAGAAGCGUACAGCCUUCUGCUCUCUCAAAAUGGAUCUUAUCUUCCUUUUCGAGAUGCAUCUUUUGGAGCGUGCAUGUUCAAUCUGAAUAUCCUUGACUGUCUACGGGCCAUUCACAAGGCUCUCCAGUUCGGCUGGCUGGAUUUCUCCAAGUUUAAUGUGGAGGAAUAUGAACAUUAUGAGCGGGCAGAAAAUGGAGAUUUCAACUGGAUAAUUCCAGGAAAGUUUUUGGCUUUUAGCGGCCCUCAUCCAAAUAGCAAAAUUGAGAAUGGAUACCCUCUUCAUGCCCCUGAAGCGUAUUUCCCCUACUUCAGGAAGCACAACAUCACCAACAUCAUCCGGCUCAACAGGAAAAUGUACGACGCCAAGCGUUUCACAGACAUGGGCUUCAAGCACCACGACCUGUUUUUUGUAGACGGCAGUACGCCCAACAAUGCCAUCGUCACCAAAUUCCUGAACAUCUGCGAGAAUGCAGAUGGAGCCAUUGCGGUCCACUGCAAAGCCGGUUUGGGCCGAACAGGGACACUGAUUGGCUGUUAUAUGAUGAAACACUUCAGACUGACGGCAGCUGAAGUUAUCGCCUGGAUCAGGAUCUGCAGACCCGGUUCGAUCAUCGGACCUCAGCAGAACUUCAUAGACAAAAAGCAGGCGAGUCUGUGGGCAGAGGGUGAUUUGUACCGUCAAAAAAUAAAUGAGCAGGAAAACGGCUCAAGUAAAACACUAGUGGCUGGAAUCCUAUUAGGAGUGGAAGAUAUUUCCAUUAAUGGUACAAACAAGAAUAUUUCACAGAGAAAAACAGCCUCUGAGACGCACACUGAGGAAGAGGAAGAGGAGUGCAGGGGACUCACGCAAGGCGACAAACUGAGAGCUCUGAAGAGUAAGAGGCAGUCCAGAGCAGCCACGGGUUCAAUAUCGUUAGAAGAAAAUACUAUUCACACCAAAUCAACACCAAAUCCAUUAAGCUCAGACAAAAGGAAAAGAGCUCGGGCUUCCCUUGGAUCCAGCAGGACCAGUAGUAACUCCAUCCCCAAAGCUCGAUUUCCUCUCCUCCGCUGAAGGACCCAGUAAAGACCAACAUCACUGAUAUCACCAUCACUUUACUCCUAGUCUAACUGAUCUACUAUAAAUUGUUGUUUUACUGAGAAAUCGGCAGAUGUUAACCAUUUUUAUUUGAUCAAGAGAAAGCAAGGAGUUUAUUUUUAAAUCAGAGAGCUUUAUGCAUCUGUGAAGUUUGACUUUAUGCCAUUGUAAACAUCAUGAGUGUCAGAAGCUGCCUUUGCCAUUAUGCAUUGUUACUUAACCUGUAAUAUUGUUUUUUAAUAAUGUAGCUAGAAGUUUAUUAAUACUUACAGAAGUGUGACAGACUGUAAAUAACCGAAUAUGAAUCAUACUGUGCUACCCGUAAAUGAAAGCUGUAUAUAUGCUGGAGUUUGAUAGACUAAAAUUACUGUUUUAUUUGUUUUGUUUUUUUACUGUAAAUAAUGCAUACCUUUUAUUUUGACGAUCAAAUUUAAAUCAUGAUUAUUUCACACAUGAUUCAAAUCCUUUCCUAUAUCUCUUUUAAUAAACCCUUUCUGCUAUGCAAA